UUUAAAAUGGAUAUACAAAAGAAAAAUAAUAAAGAAAUAAUCGAUGAUGAGGGGGAGAAUGGAGGUGGGUUUUCUAAUGUAGAUGACAAAUCUGAAGAGAAUUUAUUUGAAGAAAAUGAUUGUGAACAAUUAUAUUGGAAACGAUUUAAAAAAUGGAUGCAUUGUUUUUGUGUUGUUACGUUUGAUUUGGAACUUGGACAGACAAUUGAAGUAGUCUAUCCUGGCUCCGCUUAUUUAUCGCCCAUUGAACGUUCUGACAUUUGUUAUCUAUCAUUUCCCGAUUCAAAUUCAUCCUCAACAAAUAUUAAUAAUUCAUGUUCUUCCUCUACCCCCUCAAUAUUUAUGAAUGGAAAAAUUAAUAGAAAAAUGUCUUCAGAUGGAAGUUAUAUAGAUUCUUCACAUCAUUUUAGAAUUAAGAGGAAUGGGGAAAUAAAUGAAGAUAAUGAAAAACGUUUUGAUUCAUUUACCCAAAAACUUCCACCUUCUCUUAGGCCUGAUAAACAAUAUCUUUAUGGAUUUGCUUAUUUCAGACGUCAACGAGAUUCUAGUUUACAUAGAGGGUAUUCUCAAAAGAGUAUUGUCCUAAUCAGUCAUUUACCUUUUGUUGCACUUUUUUCACGUAUUUUGAGUGAAGUUGCUUUAGCAUUUUUUACAGCAGGUGAAAGUGCCAUAGAAACUGCUUGUCGUCAAAUAGGCCAACAUUGGCCAUCACCAAAAGCUGGGGGAGAUAGACUCCUUUCUUUACCACUUUUUGGUCUUCGCUUCUGUUGUUCAAUCCCCGCAGAUUUACAUAAAAAUGAGUCUGAAUUAGACCCCGGAACCAAUUUUAUUGAACAAAAUGGAAAUCAAUUGCCUUUUAAUUUAAAACAACAAUCCUUAGAAGAUGAGGAUUGUAAUGGAUUUGAGUUCAUUGAUAUUCGCUGCAAUGUUGUCCUUUUAGACUCCAUAUCAGAACCAGACCAACAUUUUCAUAUCGGAAUAAAAAGACUCCUUCCUCAUUUACAUCUUUUAUGGGAAUUAAUAUUACUUGGAGAGCCCUUACUUGUUUGUGCCCCAAAUGCCUCAUUAUGUUCUUCAAUUGUUCAUUCAUUAAUUUCUUUAAUUUCUCCUUUGAAAUAUGAACCUGAUUAUAGGCCAUAUUUUACAAUUCAUGAUUCCGAUUUUAAUGAUAUUUUAAAUUCAAAACAGAAUUGUCGUUGGAAUAAUAUUUGUGUUAUCGGUGUAAGCAACCCAUUUUUUCUUAAAGUACUCAAUUAUUGGCCGAAUAUAUUAAAAAUUGGUGUUGCUAAACCUUCUAAACGUGAAAGGAGUGAAUCUCGUCUUGUUAGACAACUUAAAACACAAGCAGCAGCUCAAUUCGUUUUGGGAACUCUUAAACGUUGUGGGACAACAGCAAAAGAGCUUACACAUUUAGGGAUUGAUGUUGAUGAGGAAGAUGGGGAUGGGGAGGAAUGGCAAAGGAAAUUAAUUAAACGUCUCUCUGACCGAUCUCAAUUGGAAAAACGUUCUGGAGGUUUCUUCACUUCUCAUAAACAAUUUCUUGCUCAAGACAAAACUUUAACUCGACGUCUUCUUCACUCCCCUUCAGAUUCUAGUUCUCAAUUUAAAAUUCUUAGAAAAUAUUUUCUCGAACUAACACAAAGCUUUAUGAGUCCACUAGAAAGUUAUAUCGCAACAUUAAUGCCUCUUAAACGAGAGAUUUGUCCAUUUCAGACGGUCCCACAAAUGAGGCCGUUUUCUCUCGAGCAAUUUCUUACCUCUCUAAAACAUUUUGGCCAUCCAGGAAUUAAAGGGGAUUGGCAAUCAUUAUAUCGCCAAUAUGUUACACAUUCCCCCAAUUUUAUCGGUUGGCUUCGACGCCGGCAAACCGAUAUUGAACGCCAAAUUAGAUUGGAACAUAUGGAAGCAAUUUGUAAUUCUAAUUUUUCUUCUCAAAUAUUGGCUGAAAGAAGUCAAGUAGAAAUUGUUGAUCUCUUAAUGAAAUUAGCUAAUCGAAUUGUUGAAUUAAAUGAGAGAAAACUUAAAUCAAAACAAAGAAGGAAUAAAAAUGGAGAAAUUUUGGAUAGAUUUCUGACGAAUUCUUCAACAUUUUCUGUUAAGAUUAUUUUUAAUUUAAUUCUAAUAAUUUACGUAUGUGUCUGA